GGAAUCAUUUGAAAAUGUUUUAAAGUUUUAUUCUAAACUUUUUAAUAUGAAUGAAAAGGAAGUUGAAUUAUUUUUACCAAAAAAUUUACUUUGGCAGAGCUUAACAUAUAAGACCUAUUUUCAUGGAAAAUAUCCAUAUAAUGAAAAGUUAGCAUUUCAAGGUCGUAUUGUUCUUAAAUUUCAUAUAUCUUUAAAAAUGAGUGAAUCUAUUGAUAAGAACAAAGAUAUAUUUACAUUGAGAAAAAUAGAAGAUCUUAUUAAUUCUAAGGUAUUGGGAGAAUUGGCAUUAGAAUAUGGUAUUUUAGAAGUUUUACGUUGGAAUCCAGCUUAUAAAGAUAUUAUGAGGAGUGGAUUAUUAAAAGUAGCAUCAGAAUCAUUAUGUGCUAUUGUAGGAGCGAUAUUUUUGUAUAGAGGAGGAGCAGCUACAAAAAAGUUUAUUGAAGAAAAGAUUUUUAUAAAGAAUAAUAUAUUGGAGUUUAAUAAUCAUAAAUAAUUAAAUAUUUAAUCUCCAAAAAAAUGCAUUUUCAAAAAGAAAUCC